GAUUCAUCCAUCACCACUCCCGUAAUUGUACGACCUUCCUUGGCGUCAAAUCAUGUUGACUUUUGGCCAAGCGAGCGAGAGCAGCCCAUCAGUGGCAUUCUUUUUCGCUGGUUGUAUAGCAAUCACCCUCUACAAUGCCUUGGAAAUCAUUAUUUUAGUCUUUGUCACCUUUAAGAGAUUCUCCGGGUGGUAUUUCUGGAGUCUUUUAGUCGCAAGCCUUGGCCUAAUCGUCGCCACCAUUGGCUUCUCGACCUACUUCUUCAAAAUAACCCCACACACGUACCUUCAAAGCGCCGUUACAAUUGCCGGAUGGUGGGCCUUCAUCGUUGGGCAAUCGCUUGUCUUGUGGUCAAGACUUCAUCUUGUCCUCCAGAGCCCCUGUAUCCUUCGCAGUGUUCUGAUAAUGAUUAUUAUCAAUGCUGUCAUCCUUCUCAUUCCCACGACAGUCUUAGCAUUCUGCUAUAACAUUGUCCCAGUCCCGAGGGCAGUUAAACUCGGAUAUAAGGUUAUGGAGCCCAUCCAAAUCACCAUAUUCUGCGUCCAAGAGUUGAUCAUAUCCGGGCUCUACAUCUGGGGAACGGCUAAGAUCCUGAAAUACACGGCGGAAGAAAGGAAACAGCGAUUGAUGGCAGAACUCAUCAUUAUGAAUGUGGUUCUUAUCAUCAUGGACUUCGUUCUUCUAGGCGUCCAAUAUGCAGGCUUUCGAAUCCUUCAAAAUAUCCUUAAAUACUUUGCAUACAGCAUAAAGUUGAAGUUCGAACUCGCAGUACUCGGCAGAUUAACAAAGUUUUUCCAAGACCAGGCACUUACUUUUACUUCAACAUUAAAUUCUGGCAUUAUAAGGAUAAUAAGCUAGCUAUUAUCAGACAUUCCGUGUAUUCGGUCUAUUAAUCCAGAUUGGUAUAUUUAUAAUGUAUUGUGUUGAAUUCUACCCCUUAGAGGUUUUACUAUUUCAGCUAUAAUCUUAAAGCAUCCCUGCUUGCACGUAAGGCCCUAGCACCUGUUUAAUACACCCCCC